CACUGUUUCUCGUGAAAGAAGCGACGACGAGAGAGACGUAGCUACGGCAUCACGCGCGACUCGUGUCUAAUCCUCUAUAUUUUUUAAACGUAAGUUGCAAAAUCUCCGUGCUAAGCAAACCGUGAUAUAGCAACCGCGUGUGUAACCAAUAACGUUUGCGCGUUGAAUUCUUUGUCGAUUUCAGUUUCUUCCUUUGUCUUUUUUACGCGCCUCAAUGGAUACAUCUGUCGGUUACCACGCUCCUACGGAGACGUCCACGCCUGGAACGAUGGUUUCAACGAAUCAACCGAGAAAGACAAAAAUAUUUGUGGGCCGGUUACCAGAAAAUUGUCGCAAUGAUGAGUUGCGACAAUUAUUCUUGCGCUUCGGCGAGGUAACAGAAUGUGACGUCAUGAAUCGAUAUGGUUUCGUCCACAUGGCACGUGAGGAAGACGCGGCAGCAGCGAUCAAGGCACUUCACAAUUCCAACUUCAAAGGUGCGACGAUCAAUGUGGAACAGUCAACUGGAAAAUCACGUGGAGGUGGAGGCGGACGCCGCGACGACCGAAGAGGUGGACCAAUGAGAGGUGGUAGGGGAGGACGAGACGGUGGUAGAGACGCUCGUCCUGGACCAUAUAAUGAUAGAAGAGUUCUUCCGAUCCAACUCGUUGGUUACGAUGGAUCUGCUGCAGGUGGUGUCGCAACUGGAUACACCGAUUACAAUCGUGGAGCUGGCGACUUUAGCGGCCGCGGGGCAGACUUUGGCGCUGGCUACGCUGAUCGUGGGGCUUACGGUCAGAACGUGGGUGGUGCGGCGAUGGGUUACACCUCGACGGCACCAGGAAUGGGUGGUGGAUAUGGACCGGCGGCCGGCGCUGUAGGUGGCUACGGACCGACCGGAGCAGCGGACUACGGACGAACAGCUGAUUACGGUCGCGCCGACUUCGGCGGUAGAACAGAUUAUGCGGUUGGCGGAGGUAUGGCCGGAGAUUUCAAUCGUGGCGCACCCGGUCCGGUAGAUUACGGUCGCACUGACAAUUUUGGCGCUAGUCGCACAGUCGAUUAUACCGCCAGAAAUGAUUACGACAGAAGUGCAGCCGGACCAAUGAGAAACGGUGGUGGUGCUGUUGCCACCACUGGAUAUGGAACCGGGUACACCGAUGUAGGAUACGAUGAAAGUCAUUGGCCAAUGAGUACUGGACCUAGCUACAGCACUGGGGCACCUAGUUAUAGCACUGGUCCAGGACCGCAAGCCGACAUGUUUAGCAGAAGACCUGGCAGUGCUGUACCCAGUGGUGGAUAUCCACCAGUUGCUGGCGGAUAUGCUGAGGGAUAUGACAGACCAGACGCGUACGGUCCUCCACGUGGCGGCGGACGCUUCCCAGGUCCGGCAGACGCAAUGCCACCGAGGUACUAAACGUGUACACUAAAGCAAAUGCUCGAGCGCACGCGAAAGGCGACCGUAAAAAAAUAAAACAAAAAAAAAAAAAAAAAAAAAAAAAAAAAAAAAAAAAAAACCCACAAAAAACAGAUCUUAAAAAAAAAAUAACGCCUUUUACCCGCUGAUUAUUUGAUCACGGAUUAUCUAGGAAAUCUGCGCCAACACAUUGAGUUUAUAUAUAAUAAUAAUGAAAACUAUAUAUAACUUAUAGAUCUUCUAAUGUUUAUUUGUACUUCUAAAAAAAAAAACGUUAAACAAAAGGAACAUCAAUGACAUGUAAUGUACCUAUAACGUAAAGUUCAGUUUUACACUAUAAGUUCAAUUUAUACAUAUAAAUUGAUCGAUUAAUAAAUUUAAUCGACAGUGUAUAUUCUUUAUGUUAUAGCCUAUUUGAGUCUGUUCUGCCUAUUCUCCGGAAAGACUCUUAGAUAUUACAUUAUAUUCGUGCAGUUUAUGUUUUUAAUUUUUUCUUUAUUAUCUUUUCUAUGAAUAAAAUGAUUUGAAUGUUAUA